GCGGACGUUCUGAGAACAGGACGGAGCUAACAAAGCCAGCUAGGACGAGCAGCCAAACUGUCUGCUUUACCCGUCGGGUUUUCUCUGCAGACAGCCACACCGUUAUAUAAACUACAGGUUAACGUUCAAGCAGGAGGGCAGGUUGCUGUCAUGUUGACCGGGCCGGUUGAAUUAGGAGGCUCUUCCUUCCUCCAGGCUGACGAUGUCGGUGGGACGCGCUAGUUGCGCCUGAGCACUCCUCUGCUGCUGCUGCUGCUGCUGCUCAAGUUGGCUGCUGUUGGACGCUCUGCUCGGGGGAUGGCGAUGCACGGCGCGUCCCAGGACCCCUCACAUGGUACGGGGGAAGUGGGGGAGCUGGCGCACACAUUAUCUAAAGAGACCCUCGGGUCUCCAGAUGCCUCUGAGUUGGGGAGCCCGCGGUGUACGCCAAACUUUGACCUCUUCAACAUGGUUGUGUCCUAUAAGAGAAUGGCUCUGUUUCUAGAACCAGCUGCAGAUGCAGUGGAGCUGACCCGCUUCCUGCUUGGAUGGAAGAUGCCGCUGUGCUCUCUGCUCGUCUGUAUGUUCCUCAACGUCUUCCUCUGCACUGUUAAUGAAGUGGGUUGGAUCACAGUGGGCGUGGUGGCGGUGGCGGCACCUGCUGCCCUGGGUUACCUGCAGGACAGGUGUGGAGGAAGAGCCUCAGAUUCUGAGCUCCACAGGAGGCGCUUUACCGCCAUGCACCGCAGGGACCUGCAGACGGUGCAUCUCACCAAACAGGAAGCCAUGCUGGAAGUCAAAGACCUGUUGAAGCACCUGGAUGACAUGCUGUCCUCUGCCUGCCUGUCAGCAGAAACCUUUUACAAGGUCCUGUACUGGGACAAUCACAUCGAGUCAUCAAGGUUCUAUGGAGGGAUGCUAAUAUUGGCGUGCCUGCUCUACAUCGCUCCUCUGGGCUGGGUGCUCGCAGGGCUCAACAGCGCCAUCUUCCUGUGGAACAGAGACUUCUGCAGAGUUUUGCUGGACCUUAGGAAUCUGUUCCACAUGAGCCAGGCCUCAGGAGGAAAGUGUGACAAACAGGAACACGGCCACUCGUUGGACAGGACCCCCACACCCACUAGUCUGGAGGACCUGUCUCCUGGCAGCGUGGAGGAAGCUGAGGAGGCAGAGCCCGAUGAUGAAUUUAAGGAUGCCAUUGAGGAACAUUUGGUGUCCCUGCAGGAAACCCCUUUGGUCUUAGUGGAGGAUGAUGACGGGCCUCUUGGAGCUCCCGAGUAUGACACCAUCUCUGAAAAUGGUCUCUUGAGCCGCAACGAACCGAUACGCAGCAAAGUGUCUAAACUGACGGAGAAGCUGCGUAAACGCUGCCCCACCACCAGCACAGGCAACUGUUCUAGCUGCAACGCAGUCUUCUCCGUGCUGAAGAAAAGGAGGAGCUGCAGCAACUGCGGCAACAGCUUCUGUUCCCGUUGCUGUUCCUUCAAGGUGCUGAGAUCUUGCAUGGGGGCAACAGCUCCAGAGGCCCAGAGAGAGACCGUGUUUGUUUGUGCUGCCUGUAAUUCCUCUCUCAACAAGUUAUAGUGAGAUGACGGUCAGGUGCCCCCCCCCCCGAGCCCUCCUCCAAGUUACUGAAACCCUAAAACCUGCCUUGGUUUUCAAGUUAAGGCUCUUAUAUCUGUCCCUCUUGCCUUUAGCAGUGGCAUUCCUCACUAAACUACCCGUGUUGCAUAUGGGACUUCUACUGUAAUAUGUUAAAUAUUUCCUGUUUCAACUCUCAAUGAAGAACUGGACCUACAAAGCACAGUGGAUCCACAAUCAAAGGACCCGAUCCCUUUGCUGAGCAGAGGGAGGUGCACAAUGUGCAGGGUGGAGGCCAGGUUCGGGGCUGGUGGUGUCGGGUUUAUAGGCUGCCGAUGGUUCUGCUUUUACAUGCUUUUUCCUCGCGGCAUAGUCGAAUAUUGAUUUCUUCAGCCCUGUGCAGCAGUUUAACUGUACUGUAACGCUAGGAGGACUAAGACCGGCAUGUUGAAUGCGAUGGUGUGAGCAGAGGCUGGCCGUUUGAAUCUGGUUUGUUCAGAUGAACAAAAUAACGGAUGUACGACCACAUGAAGCUCCACAUUUGGCUUUGAUUGACACCGUGGCCAGCUGUGGUUGUUUGCCGUCCACCAAUGCACUUUAACCUGUAGCUGGUCAACAGUGUCAUGUGAUAAGUUCUGGGUUUGUCCAAGUCAUUGGGGACAAUGUUUUGUUUUUUAAUGAUCAAAUUGGUGCGUCAUUGUGGUCGUCCUUUUUCCUGUUGUCAGAGUUUUGGAGUAAAGCAACAGCCUAUAAGUCAAAAAACUGCCAGAGGUCCCUGGAGCCUGUGCGUUCCCUCUAACUGGAUCAAAGUCGACCCAACUGGAUUAAAGUUGAUUUAAAUGGACUGAACAACCAGCCGAAAUCUUCAUCGGAGCCUCACUCUCUUGCAAGCAGGACUUAAAAGAAUUGAUGUGGAGGCGUCGUAUCCCAAAACGUGGAUCGCGG